AAAUAACUGCACUUGUCACGGCCUGAAAUCAAAUCUCUCAUCUAGGAAGAAGAGAAGCAGAAGAACAGCCUGUAAAAUGAGUGUGUAUGAGGAGAGAGAGCAGGAGGCUCCUGUCGACACUCAGAGAGCAGCAUCUCCAGGAUUCAGCUGUGUGUCCAUGAAGAGUAACGACUCCAUGCAUCUGCCCCCUGUUCUCAGUGAUGUUGACACUCAAAGAGCAGCAUCUCCAGGAUUCAGCUGUGUGUCCAAGAAGAGUAACGACUCCAUGCAUCUGCCCCCUGUUCUCAGUGAUGUUGACACUCAGAGAGCAGCAUCUCCAGGAUUCAGCUGUGUGUCCAUGAAGAGUAACGACUCCAUGCAUCUGCCCCCUGUUCUCAGUGAUGGACCUGCUGUGACCUCUGAACCUGUCAGGAAGAGAAAGAGAGCAGCUUCUCCACUGCAGCCCCCUGAUCUCAGUGAUGGAUCAGUGGCCUUUGACACUGUUGGCUGGAGUGCUGACCAGAUCAGAUAUGUGUCCUGUCAGACAUUCACAUCCUCCUGCUGUCAGAACCACAUCAUUCAUCAUGACAAAGAAGCAUACCUGCAGCUCGAUUCAUACCAAACAGUGCAUGAUGAUCUUCAAAGAGUCAAAGACCAGCACAAAACCAGCAUGAAGAACAAGUAUGAGAGCUUAUUUGAGGGAAUCAAACUACAAGAUAAUCAAACCCUCCUGAACAGGAUUUACACACAGCUGUACAUCAUAGAGGGAGAGAGUGAAGGAGUGAAUGAAGAACAUGAGGUGCUACAGAUGGAGAAAAGUUACAGGACACUCCAAGACACUCCAAUCAACUGCAAUGACAUCUUUAAUCCUUUAUCUGAGCCAGGAUAUGAGGAGAAGAGAAGAGAAAAGAAAGACAAAAUAAAGACUGUUCUUACUAAAGGCAUCGCUGGAAUUGGAAAAACCGUCUCUGUGCAGAAGUUCAUUCUGGACUGGGCCGAGGGAAAAGCCAAUCAGGAUGUAGAUUUCAUGUUUGUGCUUACAUUUCGAGAGCUGAACUUGAUUAAAGAUCAUCAUUACAGUCUUCACAGACUUCUGCUUGACUUUGAUCCUGAACUUCAAGAUCUGGACUCAAAGAUUUAUGAUAAAUGUAAAGUUGUGUUCAUCUUUGAUGGUCUGGAUGAAAGCAGAAUUUCACUGAUGUUUUCAGAAAGUCAGAAAGUUUCUGAUGUGACUGAGAUUUCAUCAGUGGGUCUGUUGAUGUCAAACCUCAUGAAAGGAGAUCUGCUUCCCUCUGCUCUCAUCUGGAUCACCACCAGACCAGCAGCAGCCAAUCAGAUCCCCUCCAACUACAUCAACCGUGUGACAGAAAUUCAGGGAUUCAAUGACCCUCAGAAGGAGGAAUAUUUCAGGAAGAGAAUCAGUGACGAGCAUCAAGCCAGCAGAAUCAUCUCACACAUCAGAAGAGCAAGAAGCCUCCACAUCAUGUGCCACAUACCCGUCUUCUGCUGGAUCUCAGCCACUGUGCUUCAAAACAUCCUGAAACAAGAUCUCAGUGCAGAAAUCCCUCAAACUCUGACUGAAAUGUACAUCUACUUCCUGCUCAUUCAAACAAAUAUGAGGAACCAGAAGUAUGAAGCGAGAGAUUCAGAGAAACCCCUGUGUUCCAACAGAGAAGUGAUUGUGAAACUUUCUGAACUGGCUUUCAAUCAGCUGAUGAAGGGCAAUGUGAUGUUUUAUGAGGAGGACCUGAGAGAGAGCGGCAUAGACGUCACUGACGCCUCAGUGUAUUCUGGGAUUUGCACUGAGAUC